AUGCAAACAACAGCACACAAUAUGGACGAUUAUGAAGACGGAAGGAGAAAUGAUCUGCAGGAAUGGUUCGUAUCAGAGGCCAAAGACAAAGAAGCUGAUGUUCUGUUUUUAGGCGACGAUCAUAUCGCUCUACUUGAGCAAAGUUUGAUUUAUCGCGAGCAUUUUGCGCCGUUGCAUUGUUUAUGUUUCGGUGCAUUAGGUGAUCGUAUUUCGGAUCUAAUUUGGCGACUCGAGAGUAAUAUUUUGGAUAGUCUCAGUCCAAAAGUUAUUGUUGUUUCGAUUGGUAAUUCAGAUUUUGGGAUGAAUAAGGAAGAUAUGCUGAAGGGGUUGGAGCAGUUAGCGAGAAUGAUUAAAAGUCAAAAGCCAGAUAGUCGACUUUUUUUUUUGAAACUAUUACCGAGUGGACGCAGACCGAAUAAGCGACGUGAGUUGAUUAGCUUGGUUAACGAUGCUCUCGAAGACAGACUGCAUGAAAUUGCAG